UUACAGGGUUUUGUGCUAUGUCACUCAAUAGCCGGUGGAACCGGAUCCGGAAUGGGAUCGUUCAUGUUGGAAAGUUUAGCUGACAGAUUUCCAAAAAAAUUAAUUGAGACAUACAGUGUUUUUCCGAAUCAAGAUGAAAUAAGCGAUGUCGUCGUUCAACCUUACAAUUCGUUACUCACCUUGAAGAGAUUAACGCAGUGUGCUGACUGCGUUGUAGUUUUAGAUAACACCGCUUUAAACAGAAUUGCAUCGGACAGGCUGCACAUUCAAAAUCCAAGUUUUACGCAAAUUAAUAAAUUGGUUUCGACGAUCAUGUCUGUCAGCACAACAACGCUCAGAUACCCUUCGUACAUGAACAAUGAUUUAGUGGGUUUGAUAGCACCAUUAAUACCAACUCCCCGACUUCAUUUUCUGAUGACAGGUUAUACUCCACUUACCACAGAUCAAGAGGGAGCAUCGGUCCGAAAAACUUCAGUUUUAGACGUUAUGCGGCGACUUUUGCAACCAAAAAAUAUGAUGGUUUCCACGGCUUUAGACAGAAACGCGGCGCACUGUUACAUUUCAAUUUUAAAUAUUAUUCAGGGCGAAGUUGAUCCCACACAAGUUCACAAAUCUUUGCAAAGAAUUCGAGAAAGGAAACUGGCACAAUUUAUUCCCUGGGGUCCAGCCAGUAUUCAAGUGGCGCUCUCCCGGAAGUCUCCUUACAUACAAAGCACUCAUCGAGUAUCCGGUUUGAUGUUGGCGAACCACACAAAUAUUUCAUCGUUAUUCGAUCGAGCAUUGCAGCAGUACGACAAGUUACGAAAACGAGAAGCUUUUCUCGAACAGUUCCGAAAGGAGAAAAUGUUCGAGGAAAAUCUGGACGAACUGGACAAUUCACGAGAGGUGGUCGAAUAUUUAGUCAAGGAAUAUCGAGCCGCAACUAAAGCCGAUUAUCUCACCUGGAGUCCAACUAAAACCGACUAAAUCCACGAAAAAACGCUUCAAUUUCAUUUUUUUAGAUUUGAAAAUUUGAAAAAUUUUCACAUUAUCAUGCAGUUCUUGAUCAAAAUUUUCUCUCUUUAAAAAAAAAUACUCAUUUUCGUUCAAAGCUAUUUUUAUAACUAUCAAGUUUGUAAUUUUUAUUUUCUGAAUAAACUAAAUGGCGAAUAUUUGUUCGUUAAAAUGCCAGAUUCGAUAUUGUGACUCGGAAUUAAGAUCGAUUUAGGAUUAUUUUUUGUGCAAAAUAAGGACAGAAAUGUAUACAGAAAUUAUUUAUAAAUAAUAAAUAAAAAAUAGGCACGCGAA